CCCUCCACCGCCGCCAUUACAGGCGGCUGCACUCGCGGCCGUCGGUGCAGCUCCCGAGCGGGAAGAGAAAGGAUUGGGAUGGCCAGAAGCGUUCUUGGAUGACUACGAGACGCGAGUUUGGCUUACGUACAGGACUGGGUUUCCUGCGAUAUCGAAGAAGGUGGUUGAGGAGCAGGUUGAUACGGUAAAUGAGGCUGAGCGCACGGCUGCGGCAAGUGCGGAAGGAACGAAUGGAGUGACUUCGUGGAUGAAGGAGGUUGGUGAUAAGUUUAGCAGGAAUGGCAAUGGAGCUGCACAGGGCUACACGAGCGAUGUGGGGUGGGGCUGUAUGAUUCGAUCUGCGCAGUCACUACUGGCGAAUGCGCUGCUGACACUGCAUCUCGGACGGGACUACCGGCACAACACUAUCUCGGCCGAGAAUGAACUUGACUUGAUUAAGCUCUUCGCCGACCACCCCUCCGCCCCCUUCUCCCUCCACCGUUUCGUUUCUCACGCAUCCACUUUCUGCGGAAAAGCUCCCGGAGAAUGGUUCGGUCCCUCGGCCGCCGCACAAUGCAUUAAGGCUCUCUGUGCUGAAUAUACCGGGACUACUGAACUGCGAGCAAGCGAAGGAGGAAGAGGAGUGGGGGUGUAUGUAGCGGCUGACGGAGGUGAUAUUUAUGAGAACAGAGUACGCGAAAUCGCGUGCGGCACAGACGGAACCUGGAAACCAGUCCUAAUCCUCGCCGGCGUUCGAUUGGGCAUCGAGCGUGUAAACCCCGUCUACUACCCCGCCAUCCAGGACUGUCUCAAAUCCCCCCAUGGUAUCGGCAUAGCCGGUGGACGCCCUUCAUCGUCGCAUUAUUUCAUCGCGACACAAGCAUCAUCCACGCACAACCCCUACCUCUUCCACCUCGACCCGCACCACCCACGACCAUACCUUCCCCUCGAACCUACAACGGCGGACGUGGGAAGCGUCCAUACCCGUCGCGUCCGCCGCUGCCGAAUGGACGAAGUAGACCCCUCAAUGCUCGUUGGGUACCUCAUCCGUGACGAACCCUCCUGGGAAGCAUUCAAGACCUCACUCCAGGGCAAAGGGAAGAAAGUGGUGCAUGUGUAUUACCGAGAGCCGGAGUUGAGGAGAAGGGUUAGUGCCGCGAAGGUUACUACGUCGACACCGGUCGCGACGCCGACGAAGACGGAGAGUCCGGGGUUGGGUGGGGAGGCGGAGGUUGUGGAGGAGGAGGAUGGGGAGGAGGAGGAGGUUGAUGUUUUGUCGGAUGCGGAGGGGUUACAAUAGGAAUGGGACCUAAGGGGAAGGCAUGGGAAGGGGAAAGGAAGGAGGGCUUGGUGUAAGAUAGUGGAUACCCAUUAUGACAAAUUGCGGUGAUUGCAAUAUACCCCCUACAGUAUAACAUCCUGCCAGUAU